GAAUUUUUAUGUUGUGAAGAAAAAAAAUUAAAUUUGCCGGUUAAUGCUGAAUGACUUAUUUCCGUAGUCAACGCACCAAUAGAGUAUCUUCCAUUUGACCUACAAGUGCGUAACCAUAUCCAUGGCCAUGAGAUAGUUUUGUCAUAUGCCUGCUUAGAGUUAAUUUACCUGUCGAUGUUGUUGUUAAGCGUAUCAAUAUACUCUUCAAGUUUAAUCCCAUUUUAUUGUUGUGUUUAUUGAAGGUAAUUGUGUUACGUCAGAUAAUUGUUAAUCGCAUUUGCUAACUGGUCUUAUUAUUGGCGAUUGUACUUACUAUAAAUUUCGUUCUUUGGAUAUGUGUGCACUUAUCAAUUGCCAAAGAGCUUCUUCUAAAAAAUCCAAAGCCAAAAUAUUCAAUUAUUUCUGCAAGGAAUUAUCGGGUGUACUUGAAUGUGAUUCUGAUACCAUUGAGAGGACAGAUGUCACAUUUAUUGUUGGUCAGAAUGUUUAUCAUGGAAACCAAAAAACAAUUUCCUUAUUGAGUGAGGAGCUGAAAAAAUGCUUUCAGUCAGAAAGCGAAGACUUCGAUCACAGCUCUACACAUGGUUGCAUACUGAAAGUAACUAGAUCAAAGACUUCGUCUUCACUCAAGGUUUUUAUUGAUGCAUCUGCGGACAUUUUUGAAGCGGUAUUAAAUUAUAUGCUUACUUUAAAGCUUACUGUGCCCGAAGACCUAAUACCACACGUUUACUAUUUGUCAAAAUGUCUACAGAUCAAAACUUUGGAGACAACGUGCAUCGAGUUUUUAAUUCACAAUUUAUCAAUCAGCAGUGUUGGGGUUCUGUGUAGCUUUAUUCAGUUCAGUGGGGUUUAUCAAAAUAGUAAUGAAUUUGCUACAAGUCUCACAUCUUAUUCGCCAGAAAUGUGCUUAACAAAAACAUUACACCACUACUUGUUAACGGAAGCAGAUGCCAUCGCUUGUUCUCAAACAGGAAUUCUUAGUGCUCGUUUGAUAGUAAAUCUUACAGGCAAUUUCGAUUCAUCAGAUGAUCAAACUGGAAUUCAAGAACCUUCCAACGAAUAUUUAGCCGUUGGAGUUUUGCGAUGGGCAUUUGAAAAGUUAUUAACAGGCGAAAGAUUGGCAAGGGCGGGAAGUGAAGAUAAUGUUUGUUCGGACGAUGAAGAAAGUGACGGGAAUGGCAGCAGUCAUGCUGUCGGGAACUCUAAUGGAUCACAGCGUAAACGAGCAGGUAGUCAAUUUCAGUUUUUGGCUCAAAAAAAUUUGCUAAGUGGAAUUCGUUCAAAAUGUGGUACAUCAGCUCAGUAUAGCCUCCCUUCAGAUGACAAUGAUGAUAGCGAUGAUUUAAAUUCAGAAACUGAAGCCGAGGAACGUGGCUCAGUUUCAGACACUCUGGAUUCAUUACGUUAUUAUAGUACACAAGAUAUACGAAUUUCGGUCGAUAUAAAUGAUUUACCUUUGAGUAAAGAAGAAAAUGAAAUGAGUAACAUAUCUCAGAAUGGGCAUAGUUUAUUAACUGUUUGUUUAACAACUGGUAAUCAAGAAUCAGAGACUUGUUUACUGGCACCAACAUCUCUUGGAGUUCGAUCAACAUCAAUUUGGUUAGGCAAAUUAGCAGGUUAUUUGGUUAGCCUAUCGAUAAAACGUUGUCCCUCGACACAUCGAUCCAUCCAACAAUUGGAUCAAGAAUUAAUGAAUGAAGUCAAUCAGUCACGAAGUCGUCAUCAAAGUCGUGGUUCAUCUAUUUCGAAUACUUCCAGUAUACCAAAUGAUUUAAACAGUCUAAUUGAAAAUGAAUUUAACGCUACCAAGUGUUGUGCUGAAAGUGUCUAUCCAGAAUUGUACGAGUGUACCAGUACCUCUGUGCCGAAAUCGGAUAAUGAUGAUGAAGUAACCCGUACAGUAACCGGCAGUUCUGCUUCAAAUUUAGCGCGAGCUAUUGUUGAAUCGUCUUUACUUCGUCAAUCAUUCACUGAUCAAAUCUAUCAAAGUGAAAUUCUCUGCAUUAGUCAUAAUGAUGGUACAGGCCAGGAUUUCCCGUUACAUAUGUUAGAAGCUCGGUCAAGUUUUGGCAUUGGACAAUUGAAUUGUAAUUCAAAGCAUUACAUUGCAAUUAUUGGCGGUUAUAAUCGUAAAGGUUGUUUAGAUAGUAUGGAAUUAUUUGUUGAAAACAAUAGUAAUCAACAGUAUGAAUCAUGUAGCGAUGAAGAUUCACCUGUAUCUCCUCCUAUUAUUGGUCCACGACUGACAAAACAAAGAGGUCGGUUAGCUGUAGUAUCGAGUUAUUUACAAUCAUUUUCUGAUUUUCCUGAUAUAAUUUAUGCUUGUGGUGGUUCGACAGGCUCCAAGGAUUUAGCAUCUGUCGAUAAACUAACAUGUGAGGCACUGGGGUCCUGGCUUAUCAGUCAUGAAGUGGUAACCAAAAGCCAUCAUGAUAACUUUGACGAUCACGCGUAUACAAAUGGCUCUCGAAAAAGUUCUGAUUUCCGUACACGAACAGAUUCAAUGGCACAUAGUCAUGCGUCUUCAAAUGGAUGUGGUCUAUCAAAUGUUACAUUUUGGCAGACGAUAAAGAGUUUACAUGAAGCUCGAACUAAUCCAGUUGGCGUAGAUCUUAGUGGACUUCAACAAGGACCACUUAUCACAAAUACAAAGGGAUCAGUCCUUGUUGCUGGUGGAGUAUCAGACGCACAGUUUCUAUCUUCUGUUGAAGCCUACAUUCCAGAUAGAGAUGAAUGGAUUUAUAUGCCGUCCAUGUUACAAGGUCGUUGUGAAGCAUGUGCUAAUGUUUUGACAUCACGAAAUCUAAUUGUUGUUGUCGGUGGAGUUGUCAAUACAAACACUAUAUAUAAUACUAGUCAAAAUGUAACUGUUGAAGCAUUAGAUCCUCGUUGUGAUACUUGGUUUUAUAUUCCUAAUACAUUAGGAAAUUCAUUCGGACAACUUCGUGGUGCCAGUUUAACAUAUUGUCCGAAUUCUAAAGAUAAUUUGCUAUUAGUUGGUGGAUAUAAUGGUCAUCAAACCUUAGAUACUACAUGGAUAUUUGAUUCAGUUGCUUGGAAAUGGCGUCCAGGACCAAAUUUAAUAUUUGCUCGUUCUAGCUGUUGUACAACAUUGACAUCAGAUCAACGUUAUAAUUUAGUAUUUGGUGGUUAUAAUCCAUUGAAAUUUAACACUGGAUUUUCAGAUACAAUUGAAAUGAUUUUCUAAACAAAAUAAUUAUUUUUAUUACCUUUUUUUGUUAUUCUGUUAGUCUUUUUAUGUUAUUACUUCGUUUGUUUCUGUUUUUGUUUUUCUAAUCCUUAAUCACGCUGAAUGGCGAUACCGGUUCUGUUUGGUCUCAUUAUAUUAUACUGUUGUUUAUACCUCUCAUUUGUGUAUGUCUAGCUAUUAAAAUGUCUAUGUCAGUAGUGUUCACAUGGUAUGUCACUAUUUUAUGUUUUGAAGGUAAUUUCACAUGACUUACACACUGUCUAUGUAUGUAUGAUACAUAUUUGUGUGAUAAAAAAGUUUUAUGUGCGUGAACACAUUCUUUUGUGUACUUGAGUUUUUAUCUUUUCUUCAAUUUUACCAGUAGUAACCUAUUUCAUCACUCAUCUGCACGUAUGUUCAUCAAUAACAGUAAAUAAAAUAUUGUCGACUGUAA